GAGGAAAUCGGGAUGUUUCAUCAGCCUAUGGAAGUCAGCAUUAUUUUGUCGUGCGGUGGCUAGGUCAUUCGAACACUUCAGAGUGAAGAGCAACGGAUCUCUCCUGCUGCAUCUCAGCUCGUGACGCAUUUUCACUGCUCUGAUCAGCAACUGAUCACAGCCUCGGCCCCAGCUCCCUCCACAGACAACCAUGGUAGAAAAAAUGGCCUCCUUCGGCCGGAUCCUGCUGCGACGCAGGGCACUGGAUUGCUCUGAUGAGGGAACACGCUUUGCCCGCUGCCUCUCCACACUGGACCUGGUGGCCCUGGGGGUGGGCUCCACCCUGGGGGCAGGGGUGUACGUCCUGGCUGGUGAAGUGGCCAGGGAGAAGGCUGGCCCUGCCAUCGUUCUCUGCUUCCUCAUCGCUGCACUGUCCUCAAUGCUGGCCGGGCUCUGUUAUGCCGAGUUUGGCGCCCGCGUACCCAAGACGGGUUCGGCGUACCUGUACAGUUAUGUGACGGUUGGUGAAAUCUGGGCCUUCAUCACGGGAUGGAACCUCAUCCUCUCCUAUGUCAUCGGUACAGCCAGUGUGGCCCGAGCCUGGAGCUCUACAUUUGAUAAUCUAGUGGAGGAGAAGAUCUCUUUCUUCUUCAGGUCUUCCAUGGCCAUGAAGGUCCCGGGGGGUGUGCUGGCUGAAUACCCUGACCUGUUUGCACUCAUCAUCGUGCUCUUAUUAACUGGGCUGCUGGCAUUUGGAGUGAGUGAGUCUGCCUUGAUCAAUAAGAUUUUCACUGGGGUCAACCUGGUGGUGCUGGGCUUCAUCAUCAUCUCAGGCUUUGUGAAGGGAGACCCAGAGCACUGGAACCUCACCCUGGAGGACUUUGUUAAUACCUACCCCAACCACACCAACACCUCCAGCAUAUCCCAGGAGGUUGUGGAUAAGAUGUUUGGCUCGGGUGGUUUUGCUCCUUUUGGCCUCAGUGGCAUUCUGUCCGGUGCUGCUACCUGUUUCUACGCAUUCGUGGGUUUCGACUGCAUCGCCACUACCAGCGAAGAGGCUAAGAACCCCAUGCGUUCCAUCCCCGUGGGCAUCGUGGCCUCUCUGCUCAUCUGUUUCUUCGCCUACUUCGGGGUGUCUGCAGCCCUCACCCUCAUGAUGCCUUACUACAUGCUGGACACCCAGAGCCCCCUGCCAGAGGCCUUCAACUACGUGGGCUGGGAUCCUGCUCGCUACAUCGUGGCUGUGGGUUCCCUCUGUGCUCUCUCCACCAGCCUGCUUGGGUCCAUGUUCCCCAUGCCGAGGGUGAUCUACGCCAUGGCAGAGGAUGGGCUCCUGUUCCGUGGCCUGUCCCGCAUGAACACGCGCACCAAGACCCCCCUGAUGGCCACUAUAGUCUCUGGCUGUGUGGCAUCUCUGAUGGCCUUCCUCUUUGACCUGGCUGCCCUGGUUGAUCUCAUGUCCAUAGGGACACUGCUGGCCUACUCACUAGUGGCCAUCUGUGUGCUUAUCCUUAGGUACCAGCCCGGCACCCUGAGCUCAUCCAGUCAGACAGAAAAUCUAGUGGAUCUGGUUGGAGGGGAGAAGGUGGCCCGUGGGGACAGUGGAGAUGAGUACGGCCUGGAUCUGGAGGACCGCCCCCUCAGGGAAAAAUUCACCCCCUGCCUCCUCCUCUUCCCCAGUGGUGCCUUCCCUACCAAGACCUCCGGGAACAUUGUCUAUGCCACCACGGCCAUUAUCUCGGUGCUCAUCACUGUGCUGUGUGUGGUGCUGGCAGGGAAGCUGGAUGAGUUGAUGGAGGUUCAGCCUGUGUGGGUCACAGUGUGUGUAGUCCUGGCCUUGCUCUGUGCCCUUUGUGUCAUUAUCAUCUGGAGACAACCAGAGAGCACGGAAGCCCUCACCUUCAAGGUGCCCCUGCUGCCUUGGCUGCCUCUGUUCAGUGUCUUUGUCAACAUCUACCUCAUGAUGCAGCUGGACCUGGCUACGUGGUGCCGUUUCGCUGUGUGGAUGGCCAUUGGAUUCGCAAUCUACUUCUUUUAUGGGAUCUGGCACAGCAGUGCGGCAGCCAGCAGCACCCGUGGGAAAUAUGAGCCUGCCCUCCAGACCAAGAAGAAGCACAUCUACCUGGGGGGAGACGAGAGUGAGGUGGAGGGGAUGAGCCCCUGAACAGCUGGAGGAAACCCCACACAUAAUACCUCUGCAGUGAAGGCAGACAAUUCAACUGACUGACACUACAAUUCAUCUGUUUUUCUUUUCCAUUUUUGGGAUAUCUCUGUUUUAAGCUUAUUUGGACAUUUGAGGAAUUAUAUUUUUAACAGUUGAAACAUUGCUAUUAACAUUACUAGUGAUUUUAUUUAUUAGAAGUUAGUCUCUUCCAAGUUUGAUUGUGUCUGUGCCUCUAAUUGUUAGCCCCUGGUGUCCAGCAGCAAUAUGAACUACAGCUGGCCAGGAGUGUUGGUUAGGGCCAUGUGUAAACAGAGUGGGUCUAUGUGGUUUACAAUCUUGGUCAGAGCCUCUGUGUACUUGGGACAACAGCACAGGGUUAGUGGAUCAAGGCCUGAUGCAGGUGCUUUGGGGAUCGCUGGCGUAGACAAACCGUCCUCCAUCACCUGUCACAGAGCAAUGUAUUUAACAGUAGGGCCUUGUACGCCUUGUGGCAGAAACUAGUAUUUAUUGUUGGUGUCAGCUUGUUCUGUAAGAUGAAAUAUCACCACAGAGAUGUGGGAACUAAAUAUCCUAAAGGCAUUUAUGAACAA